AAUACACAGCUACUUGCGCGUCCAGGCAAAAGACAAACACGGCAGUUGCUUCAUUACCAUCGGGGCGUUGAGCAGUACAAUCAAAUCGCAGCGAGUAUGGCGCUGUCUUGUAUGAAAAUGCUUUUGUAUGAAACGCACUACAUGUGUAUGUAGAUGGCAGCGCCGCUGCGCCAAGUUCGGACCGCGUUUGGCAAGAAAUGUUUGCAAGGUCGCUCAGGGCAAUUUUAUGGUAGUUAAAAUCUGACCCAGCAGAUGAUUUUGCAUCGAGCUUUUGGACAGAAGCUCUUUUUCGCGAUAACGACAGUCUUCCCAGUGCUGGCACUGCCGAGAGGCGGCAGGAGGCAUCGCGCGACUCAUCUGAUGCACCACAUGUGCCACUGAAAAGAUACAUGAAUGAGCCUACCUCCUCAACGGCUGCUGGCAUGCUGGCCGCGGAGGCUCCUGCAGCGGAGACGGCCGCUGUGGCGCAGCUGGACGGCCUCCAGCUCAUUGCUGCGGGCGCCGCCUCCCGCAGCCUGGUGUUCCGGGGCACAAGCGGCGGCCGCCGCGUGUGCGUCAAGUACAGCGCCGCACGGGAGGCGGAGGGCCUGGCGGCGCCCGCAGCCGCGGGGCUGUUGGGCCCGGUGCUGAUCCACCCCCACGUGAUCCGCACCUUUGGCUGGCACAUCACGCGCCUCACGGAUGCGGAUUUCCAGGAGUCUUCAAAGCUCGCUGGCGAGGCCGGGGCGGCGGCUGGCGCUGGCGCUGGGGCGGGGGCGGGGGCGGGGGCGGCUGGCGCUGGCGCUAGCGCGGGGGCGGCUGGGGCUGGCGCUAGCGCGGGGGCGGCACAGCCCGACAUAGAGGACCGGUUGAGACAGCCUCAGCAGCUGUUGCCGCAUGAACCACAGCUGCAGCAGCAGCCCGGUGCAGGUGAUGCGGAGGAGGCGCGGUCUGCGCCGCCACUGCGCGGCCGCAGGGGCCGGGGUCUGCUAGCGGCGCUCUGUUUCUGUCUGGAGCCCAGCCAACUCCCUGACCAGGAACAAGAGGCUGAGGCGAACACCCGCCGUCUCCAAGCAGCGGCGGCCGCGGCCGCGGCCGCUGCGCACCCGGACGACGCCAACAGCCACGACGGUGCCAGCGGCGUCGGGUCUGGCGAGGGCGGCGCGGCUGAGCUGGACGGCUGCCCGCCGGCCGCGCUGGAGGCGGGCUGGGGGCGGCUGCGCGCCAUCUUGCGGCGCCUGGACGCGCGGCCCGGCGACUACCUCACCCGCAUUGUGAUGGAGGACGCAGACCUGGGCUCUCUGGCGGGAGCCAUACGCAACACCACAGCCGCCACAACCGCCACAGGCGGCGCGGCCGCACCCGCUGGCGCCGCGCCCAGUGGAAGCUUGGGAGCAACAGUGGGAGGUGGUGGUAGCGCAGGCGGAGGUGGCGGCGGCGGCGGUGUCUCCGUGGGUAUGGUGCGGCGCAGCGCCACCGGUGGUGCUGCGGGCAUGGCCCCCGGCACGCCUCGCUCCUCGUUUUCGAUGGCGCUGCUGCAAAUGUCAUCGGCGUCCUUCCAGCUCCCGCACUCGCACUCGCAGCAGCUGAGCCGGGCGCUUCCAGGGCCGUUGUUCUGCGGCGACGCCGACGGCGGCGAGGGGCUGCAGUGGCUGCUGAUGACGGCGCUGGACAUCGCCGCAGGCAUGCUGCACCUGCACUCACACCAAGUCAUUCACGGUGACCUCAAGCCCGGCAAUGUGCUACUUGUGAGCGACCCGCAUGACGUGCGCGGCUUUGUGGCCAAGAUCACUGAUUUCGGUCUGUCGCGGUUGGUGGGCCACGAACCCUCCCUGGACAACCACGACCUUUACGGCACGGUGCGCUACAUGGCCCCCGAGGUCAUUGACGGCCGCAGCUACAAGUCCAGCGACGUGUGGAGCUACGGCGUGGUGGUGUGGCAGAUGGUGACAGGCGAGGUGCCCUGGCCCGGCCUGCGCAGCAUGCAGGUCAUGAUGGGCGUCCUGCAUGGCGAGCUGCGCCUGUCGCUGCCGCCGCGCACGCACCCGCGUCUGGCGGCGCUGCUGGAGGCGUGCCUGGACCACGACCACAGCCGGCGGCCGGGCUUUGACGAAGUAGCCUGGCAGCUGCAGGAAAUGCUGUUGAUGCACGACAUCGCAGUGCUCGGCCCGGGGCCCCUGCUGUCGUUGCCGGCAGGAGAGCUGCCCGGAGAGGCCGGCGACGAGGGCGCAGGCUUCGCCACCGCCACCACCUCCACCACCACCACCACCGGCGCCGCCGCCGCCGCCACCGCCUUGGGCGGGAGGGCUCCACAUGAAGUUGCGGCCACCGUCGAGACUGGUGCUGAUGCAGCUUCCGUGGAGGCAGGCGCCCUCGGGCCGCUGCCUGCACUGCCACCGGCACCGCCGCACCUGCGCCCGCCAGCCUCCGCGCCCCAUGACAGCCCAUGGCUGCGUCUGGCGCCCGCCGCGCCGCCCGUGCCCGCACUGCAGGCCGGUGGCGCAGGUGACGCCGCCGCCGCCUCGCACAGCACGCUGGACGUGGAUGCCGAGGUGCUCGCCGCCGGCGGCGUGCCGGGAUCCACCGCCGUAACCACGGCGGCUACUGGCACCGGCAAUCUCGUCAGCGCGGCGUCAGCUUCUGCUUACAUUGGCGGAGCCAGCGGCAUCUCCGCCGCCAACACGCCCAUAUCGUCGGCGGCGCCGCCAGGCGCUGCCGGCACAGCUUCAAUUCAUGCCGCAAUCCGCGGCGGCGCCAUCCAAACGGGUCCGGUGUCGGCUGACGCCGCCGCCGCGCCGCCGCCGCGCUUGUCGACGGCGCUGGACGCCUCAACUCCGGGCAUGGCCAGCGCCGCCUCUGCAGCUGCAGCCGCCAGGGGCGCCCGCAGCUGCAUCCACGCGUACCAGAGCCAGACGGCGUCGAGCGUGGCGGGCGAGGGCUCGCUGUCGAGUGGCCUGUACGCCUUCGUCAACAUGUUUGCGCGCGAGCUCGCACCGCUACCGCCGCCGGCCACUGCGACAGCCACAGCAGCCACUGCAGCCACUACGGCAGGCGAUGCCGCCGCAGAGGAGCGGCUGCGCUCGCUGGCUGCCUCAGCCGCCCGCGGCGCCCGCGGCUUUGGGGAGGGCCCGGCGCCGCCGAGUGGAUCCUACGCGAUGGACGCCGUCCUGUCCGUCCCACACAGCAGCGGCCCCGGAAGCCGCAGAGCAUCUGCGCACGGUGCCGCGCGGCCGCGGACCGCCACCGGUGUCACUGCCGUCGCGGGCAGCGCCGCCGGGGCUGACGUCACUACAGCGUCGCAGCUGGUGACUGCGGCGGGGGGUCGCGGCCGCGGCGCCCGGGGCUUGUUGUUCGUGGAUUCAGUGCGAGGCGGCGGUGGCGGCGGCGGCAGCGAGGGACGAUCACAGCCGUUCUUCCUGUCUGGUGCGUCUGCGUUCCUAGACGUCCUGCGCAGCCCCAGCCGCAGCCGCCGCGGCGGCGCCGGCGGUGCGGGCCCUGCAGCCGCUGGUUCGCCGGCGCGCACCGGCAGUGCCAGCGGCGCGCCGGGCGGCAUGUCGGUGGCCGCAGCGGCCGCCGCAGCCGCCAGUUCGCCCUCCACAGGCCCGUCUAGCAACAACACCGCAGCGCCAGCCGCACCGGCGCUGGCGCCAACAGCAUCCGCAUCCGCGGCCGGCACUGGUGCUAUGGCCGGCAGCGUUGCCGAGCUGCUGCGCCACGCGGUGCGCGCCAGUCCGCUGCAGCCGCUGCCGCAGCGGCGGACGCACCCGUCCUUGCCGCCAGCCGCUGCCGCCGCCGCCACGGGCCGCACCUCUCGCGACGUGCCGCCCCACCCCGUGCUGCGCGACCUGUACCCCCAGCCGCACCCCGCCCCCGCCGACGGCUCCGGCGCCGUUGCAGUCGACGGCAGCAGCGCAACCGCCUCCCUGACCUGGGACAGCUUGUCACCCUCGCUCCUUGCAGCCUACCUGCCGCAGCCACAACCGCACCCGUACACAAACCAGCACCCGCUGCAACCCUUCGCCGCCGCCGCCAUGCGCCCCCCCUCCGGCGCCGCCUUCCCAGCCUACAUGGGCCCCUCGGCCGCGUCGCUGGCGGCGGCAGGCGGCGCUGGCGGCGGCGGCCGCGCCACCUCUGACGUGGACACAGCCGCAGUGCGGCUGAUGCUCGCGUCCUCGGAGCGCGGCAGUGCCUUUGCCGCGCUGGCCACCGCCGGGCCUCGCGCCGGCCAGGCGCCCCUCUUCCCGCCGAGCCGCGUGCGUGAAGACGGCGGUGCAGCAGCCGGCGGAGGCGCGCCCGCCGCUCGCGCGGCCACCUCUGCGUUCGGCGGCGCUGGGAGCGGCAUUCUCAGCACUGCGGGCAGUGGCGCCAUGCCGCCGGCUGCAGCCGCGGCGUCCGGUUCGGCCUCCGGUUGGAUCGGUACUCCCGCGAGUGGUGCCGCGGCAGGUGCGGGCCGGCCCGUUGGCCCGCCCAGCCUGGGCCUGCGCCUAGCCUCCGGGUCCUCGUCCUCCUCCACCUGCGCCGCAGUCAUACCCUCCACCAGCGUGGCCACGCUGCAAACCGCGCCCUCCUACGCCAGCACCUCUUCCGCCACCAUUGCCAGAGCCGGCUCCUCAACCCCAGCCGUCGGUAGCGCGGCGGCAGCAGCAACGACCGCCCCCGGCACCGGCGGCGGGCCCAACAGCAGCGGCGCGCUGUCGAGUACUGUCAGCAGCAGCAGUGUGCUGGGCCCUCAGCGCAGCACGGCGGGCAGCAGCAGCCUUGGGCGGCCCUAUUUCCCAGGCCCUCGCCGCCAGCAGAGCUGGGGGCAAAGCGCCUGGACCACAGGGGCCGGCGGCGCCGGCGCCGGCGGUUUUACUGGUGGCUUCGGCGGCGGCGGCGGCGGCUGGAUGAUGGGGUCGACGCUGUCCAACGUUCAGCCCACCGCCGCCUUGCCGGGUGCGCCGAGUGGCACCGCCGACCGCACCAGCGGCGGCAGCACGCUGGGCACCUACGGUGGCGGCACCUGGACGCACGGCACCCGCACCCGCAGCACGUUUGACCGCAGCCACAGCGCGCUUGGCGCCUCGGGAGCAGGCCGCGGCUCGUGGGAGCUUGCGCCGCAGCCGUAUGGUGGAAUCGGCGUCGGCGUCGGGGCCGGGGUUAGGGUCGGAGUCGCGACCGUGUCGCCAUACGCGCUCAUGUGCGAGUCGCCUUUGGCGCCCGGCGGUCCCGGCGCCAUGAGUGCGGGUGCGGGUGCCAGCGCCGGCGCGGGUGGCAGUGGCACCGCGGACGGCACAGGCUCGCAGCGCUGGCUGCGUCAGCCGUUGUCGUACCACAUUGUGCCGCAGCCGCCGCUGCUGCGCCCGCCGGCCCCGCCGCCGCAGGCGCUGCUGCAGCAGCACAGUUACCAGCUGCAGCAACAGGCGCAGUACGGGCGACGCAGCGGCAGCGGCCGCAGCUGGGAUCCGCCGCUGCCGCAUUCGUCGUCCUCGGCGCGGCCCACGCCCAGUGGCAGCCUACUCAUGAGUCCAAGAGCGGCGGCGACCGGCGGCGGCAUGAGUGGCGGCGCGGCCGCUGCCGGCACGCGCACCGGCACCGGCACCGGCACAGGCGUGGACGGCAGUGGCUCGGCCUCGGUCUGGGCCGAUGCGGAGGUGCCGUUGGAGCUCCUGGACUGGCGGGCGGUGCAGGAGAAAUUCAAGCGGGAGCUCAGUGUGGUGCGCCCGCCGCCGUUGGAGCCCCUGAGGACGACGGGCCCCGGGCAGCAUCACACCCAGCAACGGCAGGAUGGGCAAGGCGGCGGCAUGGGCACAGUGCGGAGCGUCCUGGGACCAGUCGGCGGCGCCACGAGCACUGCGGGUACUGCCACUGCCAGCGGCGAUGGCGGCGGCAGCGGUGCUGGGGGCCUGUCGCCGCUGACUUCCUUGGAGCCGCCUUUCACAUUGGGCGGGUUCAUGGCCAUGCCUUCCACCAGCAUGGACAGCGACCAGCGCACCUCGGCGUUCCUCAGCGCAGGCGGCGGCGGCGGCGGCGCGGGUGGCCCAGCCGCCUGCGGCAGCAACAGCAGCGGCAGCUUACGCCACUCCUCCUUCUGGAGCUCGCAGCUGUCGCACUCGCAGCUGCUCGCCUCCUCCUCGCACGUGCUGCAGCAACAGCAGCAGCAGCAGCAGCAGGCGUCCGCGUCUCUGCAGCAGCUGCCCGCGUCCCUCUUGGUCAUCGGCAACCUGCCGCUGCCACUGCAGGCCGGCGGCGGCGUGCUACUGCCAAUCCGAGAGGAGCGGCCCGCCUCAGCCUCUGCCGGCAGCAACAGCCGGGAGACCUCCGACAGCCGCACCCACAGCCACAGCCAUAUUUACCCGGCUAGUCUGGGCGGCGGCAGCCGCGGAAGUAGCACCAUGGGCCUCGUGGCUGCCUCCGCUGCCGUGGCGGCGGGUGCUACAGCAUCGGGCCAUUUUCCGUUGCGCCGCGGCGGGCGGCGCUACAGCGCCAGCGCGGCUGUAGUGGCGGGCGUUGCAGGCAGCGCCGGCGGUGGCAUUGGUGGUGGUGGUGGCGGCGGCGGUGGCGGCGGCGCAGUCGACAGCGGCGGCCUGACCAGCGGAGGCGGCGUGGGAAGUGCGGUGGAGGUAAUGAGCCUGGACGCGGAGGGAUUGCUGAUUGCUGCGCCGCUGCCAGGCGGCAGCGGCAGCCGUAGCAGGAGCGGCAGCGGCAGCCGCAGCAGGAGUGGCAGCGGCGCCGGGGGCACGGGCAGCAGCAGCCGCGGCUUUGGCAACAGCAGCGGCGCGAGUCACAUGAGUGGCAGUGGCGGCGUCGGUGUUCUCGGUGGCACUGUCCGGGACCCGCACCGCCGCGUGCUUGCCGUCACGCUCCAGCAGCAGCACAGCCAACAGCACCCCCCGGGCGAGCACGCCCACCGCACGCCGGCCGCCGGACACGCCGCACAACACUCGGAGGCACGCGCCGGUCCUAUCGCAGUGGCGGCGGCUGCGGUGCCUGCAGCAGCAGGGGCAGGGGCGCAGCAUGCUGGUCUGACCGGAGCGGAACGAGUGGACUCGGUGGCAAUGGCCCCAGCAGCAGUAGCAGUAGCGGCAGCGGCAACAACGGCGGGCCUGAACUCGGCGGCAGUCCCCGACUAUGACUUGCUCUUCGACCGGCUGCCGGCUUGGCUGGGACCGCUGCCGCCAGUGCAGGCGCAGCCUGUCAUUGCUACGACGGGCGGCGACAUUGCUAUUGCUGCGCCAGCGCCCAGCAUGAGUGUGCGCACAACAGCACCAGGGCCGCACGCAGGUACGGCGGCUGCAGCUGGUGUGUUGGAUGUCGCCGGGAGGCAGUCUCCGGCGGAUGCAAGCGAUGAGGAGCGCACACGCAAGAGAUGAUGGACCCGGGGCUGGUGGCCCUCAAGGAUGGGCCCUCACCUCACAAGCUAUUGUGGCAGCGGCAGUGCGCAGAUGUGUGCUGGGCAGAGUGUGCUUGGAGCAUGCGCAAAACCAGGAAUCCCUUAGGGCCUUAGGGCAUCGCUGUUGCGUUGUGGCGCACAUGCCGCGCCCGUGCCGCAGACGGCAUGUGCCAAGGGACCGGCUCACCGGCCUCAGCGGCGGCACCUUGUGAAGCAUGGGACCAUCUGGCCGACAGUCCCGAUAUGUGUGUUUGUGCGCGAGUGGGGGCGCAUACUUCACUUGCGCGAACGGAGUAGAGUAGGGCGACAUCGUGGACACUGUGGCCGUGCCCUCCGUCGUCAACACUUGUUGCUAUGACGCAAUCGACAGGCGUUUGCAUAUGGUAACUGUCUCGCACUCACGCAGCACAGUUGCAUGCAGGCGCAGCCACCCGUAGAUGCAAAUGCAGAUUUGAGGACUGAUGAUUUGAGUACUAAUGAUUUGAGACUGAUGAAUUUCUUGGAUUUCCUCCAGGGAUUCACCCAUGGGGUUUAUAACCUGACGCCUGGCUUUCUGCGCUUUCCAUCGGGGAGGCCACUCACUACAGCGCAGGGGUGAAACGUGCCCAACUCCGAGACCAGGAGAAGAUGAAACGACCGCGGAAAUGUACUGAUGAUUUAUGAGGUGAACUAACGAGAUUUAUAAAUAUUAUUAACACGAUUCUAGCGCGCCGCUGCGCGGCAUGCUGACGGGGUCGCGCCAACGACUGGCACGGUUGAGGCAACGCGUUGGGUGCUUGUUGUGAGAGGUUCUGGGGCAUGGGCUAUUUACGGUCGUC